UUUGUACUCAGUGGAAGGAAGAAGUCAAGGUGCCCCCCCCCCGAGCAUCACUGUAAGAAUCCCCUGCACAGGAGACUGAGGUGAUUGGCUGCUCGCUUCACCAUGGCAGGGAGCGCUCCUGCUAUCCUAGGGUUCUGCUUUAUUCUGUGCCUUGUGGGAUCAUGUUCUAGCAAUGAAGAACUAGAGCAACGUUCAGACACAUGCGGGACCAUUUUGUUUGCUGUGGGAAAACAUUUCACUGCCAGAGCUGGGGCCCCACCCAGGUGUCGCUGGGAUAGCUACGAAUCAAGGGCCCGACGCCUCGGGAAACUGUACAACGUCAGGCUCAUUGCGUUCAGUCCUAAUAGAAGACUCUAUGCUGUCCGGCGCGGACAACUCUAUGUGGGCAACAUGCGGUCUCGUAGAAACCAGAACUGGUUUAGAUGUUCCAGACGGAUUGGGAGACGUGGUUGGAACCAAUUCAAAUUUUUGUUCUUCCACCCCAAUAGGCUCCUCUAUGCAGUCACCUAUAGCGGGCAGCUAUAUAGGGGCCGACCACCAACCAAUCAGUGUCAGCCCUGGAGAAGGAGAAUUGCUAGAAAAAUCGGAAAUCGUGGCUGGAACUAUUUUGAAGCUCUGUUUUUUGACCCAAAGGGCAUUCUGUACGCGGUUACCAGAGACGACCGCCUUGUCAAGAGAUAUCCACCCUCAGGGGCGAAUGACAGAUGGCUUUCCUCCAGUACCACAAUUGGGAGAGGUGGUUGGCGCGUCCUUACCCACUUCAUUGGCUUUAGCCCAGACGGAUACCUGUGGGCCGUCAAUAAGAGAAAUGGGUAUAUAUACAGAGGGAGGGCCCCACGGAGCCCAUGUGAGAAAUAUAUGAGGAAAGCUCGAUGGCUGGGCAGGAGCUAUAAUAUGUAUAGAUUACUGGCCUUCACCAGAGGUUACAUUGUACAAAAUGUCCAGAAUUUCCAGUUCUUCCCAGAAUCAGGGCAGAUAGUGGAGCAGAGCACGGAACUGCUGAAGAAAGAAAUCUAUGACAACCAGAAGGGCAUCGACCAGCUAAACCGCACAUUCACAUUGGACCAAAUCAUGGAAGAGAAGAGCGAAUUUCAGCUCAGUACUGAAUUAGAACUUGGAGGAGACGCCACGUUUGCAGAUGGGAUCCCGUAUAUCCCAGCAGGAGGGAAGAAGGUUUCCAUCAAUAGGAGCUCCCCCCAUUACUGGAACUUCACAGACACCAACGAGAGACAGAUCACAUUCUCCCUGCACAAAAGCUUCCCAAUAAAAGCCGGAAAACAAUUACAAGUUGUGGCCUCCGUCCAAAAAGCCACCGUAGAGGUGCCGUAUCGCGCAGAAGUCAUCAGCGACUGUGGCUCCGUGGCUACCAUCGAGGGCACCUGGCAAGGUGUUACCUAUUAUAAUCUGAUGGUGGAUCAGGAGGAGUACGACGGAGGAUCCCACAUGUGAUUUCCAGGGUCCUGGGGUGAAUUGGGGAUCCCACAGGGGCGCCACUUUGUGUCCGUAUCACAUGCUGUUGAUGGGAUAAAGGGUCAGUCCAGUAGAAGCUGUGCAGCUAUACACACUGGCAGCAGUCAGAGCAGAUAAUGUCUGAGCAAUUGAUUUCCAGCAGAUAACGCUGACGCUAUUCAUUCUAAAGCAAUAUACACAAUAAAUAAAUGCUUUGUUCUUCUG